UCCACAUUGCUUUUGUUUUAAAGGCCUGACCUGAGGUAUUUCCAAACACUGAAGUGUCGAACAGAAAUUUGGUGAAGAUCAGUGGCAGACAGCUGCCGAAAGUAUUCAGUCAGUAAAUACAACUGGACCUGAUGUGGUGUCGGACGUUGAGCUUUACAGAGAGCUUUGAUCAGAGGAUGUUCAUAAUCAAGAGGAGGUCUAUAUCGGUUCUAUCUAAUGGGCUGCAGUUUCUGAUUUUGGCCGGGCCUGUGACUGGACAACAAUCUGGUAUGGAGUCCCAUGCCGUCUCAGAGACUCAUUCAGUGCCUGUGGUUGCUGCCCUGGCCAUGUCCUUGUCAGCAAUUCUCUUCCUGCUGAUGCUCUGUGUCCUCUUCACACCCAAGGUGGUCUCAAAAUACUGCAGGUCCAGAAGAAAGCCCGAGGAUUGCACAACUCACGGUGACAAAAUAUCCCUACCAACCUAUGAGGAAGCAGUGUUUAAGGAUCAAGUAAAACUCUGCCAGCCCUCAGAGAUCAUCUCAGUGCUUCCAGUUGGGCCACACAGUUUGCGGUGCAGCCCUCAGACUGUGCAAUGCCAAAUGUUAAAGGACUUUUUUUACAAGAGUCACUUCAGUCCUUCUUACCAAAUGGACAUGGCAUUAGGUGGCACAAUCCUGUUGGGUGAGACCCAGCUUAAGGACCUAGAGGAACCACCGGCUUAUCAGGACAUCUACCCCAGACGGACCGAUUUGCAUACUGAAACGGAGAAGCAUUGGAUUCUGCCUCUCAGGGUUGUCCCUUUAACUGCCAAAUAUGAAUUACCAGCCACUCCUUCCCUGGAACUCUGAUGUUGCUCGAACCUACAUUUCCUGCAGCAAGCCCGCAAUCCAUGACCUGCUAAACUGACGAGUGAAUCAACAUGAACACACUUUCUGCUUGGAAAUAAAAUUGGACCCAACAAUGUUAACAAUCAGGAAUUUAUAGGGUAUUCCUGCAGUUGCUUUGGAAUAUUCAUUCAUGGGUUAUGGGCGUUGUUGGCAAAACCAAUAUUGUCACUUAUUCCCCACAGCCCUCGAAGACAAUGGUUAGCAGUGCUUUGGAAACUCUGCAGUUCGUGCAGUGAAUGCUCACAGGCAACUAUUACAGGAUUUUUACCCAGCAACAACAAGGGAACAGGAAGACAUGUCCAAAUCAGAACUGUGAGAGAAUUGGAAGAAAAUGUGCAGGCAGCAGAGUUACAAUGUGGCUGCUGCUCUUGUCCUUCUAAGUGGUAGAAGUAGUGGGUUUGAAAGGUGCUGUUUAAGGAGCUACAAACAGUCAACAGCUCCAUCAGAACAGCCAAUCAAUACGGCGCAGUGAUAAUGUAACUGAAGUAAAACUUUAGGUAUUUGACACUUUCUUGCAGCAGUUUAAUAUUCAGACUGCACAUGAUCCCUUUAGAGUCCCCUGAAGCUCUUGUCUACACUGGCCAUCACCGUCCUCUUCCAUUUCUGGUUUUGGUGUUUUGUCAGCAUUUUCCUGACAGUUUCCUGCUGGCUUUGCUAACUCAAAAAAAGUAGCAAAACUUCCCGAAGGUUUGAGCCUGCUGCUGUCCCUGACAGCUCUUAGAGUUGGAAGUGCAGCACCUCUUUGUGCUCAGGUUGUUUGUUACCUUUCAUGGGUGUUCAUCUACCAGAAUGAGAAGACAGGUGAGGUCUGGGCUAAACCCCUCUGAAAACGACAGAAUUAUGAUCAUCUGGAAGCAAAGUCGAAGACCUGCUUACCCUGUGAAAACAGAUUGCUUUGAUAGGUGUGUCCUGAUCCCUGCUAUAGAUUAUCUUCAAAUAGCCAGCAGAAGGCAAUUACAGCUUAAGUGCUUGAUUUAGUUCCAUUUUCCUGUCUCUUGUUAUGGGUUAAUAGAAAUAAAAA